UGCAGGCCGGACCCUCGCGGGGACCCAGGGCCCCGCGCCGCCCCCGCUCUCGGGGACUCCUGUGCUCCGGGACACGCCGCUGCGCUGGACCGGCCGCCCGGGCGCGUGCAGGAGGAAGCCGGGCCGCGGCUCCGGCCCCUGCCCCCGGGCGGCUUGUGUCGGUCCCACAGCGACCCUGGCCACACAGCAGGCCUCCCGCGCUGCCGAGGAGGCCCCGGCGGCCCCCGGCCCCCGCCCGGUGCAGCGCUGGGCAGCCCCGGCACGGCGGUGUGGGUGUCUCCCCGCGGCGUCUAUGCGGGCCCGGCGGCGCCGAAAUGCAGGGCCAGCGGCGGCGGGGGGCAGGGCCCGGUCACGCGCCCCCUGUCUGCGGGUCUCCGCGCGCGGGCAACGAGGGAGCGGGCGAGGUGUCCCUCUACCGGGCCUCUAGAGACAGCGGGGCCAGCCCCGCGCCCGGGAGGCGGAGAGGAGCGGGGGCGCGGUGCGUGAGGAGCGCCCCCAGGACCUCCGGGGGCGGCGACGGCGUUUCCGCCUGCACGGUCAGCACUCCGGACCCUGGGGAGCACAGCAGCGCCUGGGGGGAGUUCGAAGGCUUUCAGGAAUCUUCAGCCAAGUCUCCACACUUCUCCCAACCCUUUGAACUCCCGGACAGACACGCGGGACGCGGGCUGCAGAGCGCGGCCUCCACUCCAAAGGAGCGGGGUUCUGGCCAGCCUCAGCGGGGCGGGCCUGGGGCGGCCGGGACCCCCGGCACCUCCGCCUCCGAGCUCAUUCUCAGCUAUGAGGAUGUUUUCAGGUUUGCUUUUCAGGAAGUACCAGUCCAGCAGGCAACUGAAGGUGUCUCCCCCUUAGACCGCCUCUUAGAAAUGAGCGGUGAGGGAAAACCUGGCUGUGGACCUGGACACAUACUGUGGUAAUGAACUUAAAUUGCAGCUGACAUUUCUCAUGGCAACUCUGAGUUUAUGCUUCUGGUUGAUAAAGUGGACCUUUAUCGGGAGCCCGUCUCUCCUGAAGUCCCCACAACCUUGCGGCCAUGGGGCCCUCCCGGACAGAGGGGCAUGUGGGUUGAUGCUCUGGCCACGGUCCCUUCUCUCAGACCCACGUGUGGCCCCCUCCAUCCCCAUCAGCUCACCCGGGGCAAGGGUGGGCCGGCGAGUGCCAGCUCCUGAUGCCUCCCUGCACAUGCUGGGGGUGCGGAAAGGACGGGGGCCUGGGCCGUGGGCACAGGGGCCUCCUGGGUGACCUGACCGAAUGGUCCUGGGCCCCCAAGAAAACAGCCCAGCGCCCUGGAGGGACGUUCCCGACAGCCUGUGUGCAUCUGGUGCGGAGCGGAAGGCUGGCCGCCCUGGGGACCGGCUUUCUAAAGGAGUCACCAUGCGGUUGUUUGCAGACGGCCGUUGCCUAAGGCGCGCUUCCACUGGGACUGACAGAGGGACGAGGGCCGCUCAGUGGGUGGUGUGUCCUGGCGGGGAAGGUUGAGGUCCACUGGGCCAAGGCCACAGCAGGAGGUGAAGGUCGGCAGGAGCUGGCUCCCCUGGCCCCUCCAUGCCUCUUUGUCAGAGAGGGAGCUCUGCAGACAGGCCACUCCUGGGGUCCAAGCCGGUGGCUGCCCCCCCCCCCCGGGAAGCCCCCGCAGAGGCCUGGGGACAGAGGCCCGAAGCCCAGAGGGCUGUGACCACCAUGGCCCAGAGGGCCGUACGCCCUGCGGACGUGGUGCUUCCCCGAGGUGUGGUCCGGGCCAGCAGGCAGGUAGAGGGGCCUCAGGUGGCAGCAUGAGCCUCAGACACCCAGAGGGUGGGUGGUCCCGGGGGCCAGGUCUGGCGGGGCUGGGCCCGGUUGUGGGAUGGAAGGCAGGGGGCACCUUGGGGUGUGCGAGCAAGAGGACUACUUGGGAAUGAUGUGGGCACUUGGUGUAACUGCCCCUGCUGUGGUUCUCCGUGGGCACACCUCCCCUUGCCUCGUGGGAGCUGGGCCAGCAACCGGGGACGGCACGUGGUUGAAGGGGGGGCUAGAAAUCGUGGACGGCACGUGGUGGGGGGGAUGGCUCGUGACCGUGGACGGUGCGUGAGAGACACCCAGGGGU